AUGAAGAAGAUUAAGAAAUAAAGAUGGUAGAGUUUAAAUAAUUAAAAUAAGCAAUUUAAGAAUGUAAAAGAUAGUAUAAUAAAUUUAUAAUAGGGGAAGAAUGAGAUGGUAAAAGGGAAUAAAUAUUAGAUAUAAAAAGAAAUGAUAGCAUGA